AUGAGCGAGGUGGAUUUUGGGUGUCAGGUCAAGGUCAGGCCUGGACCGGGCCGAGAUGAGCCGAGCUCGAGUGGAAUCGCUUCGUUGCGCACUGCCUAUAUGAUGUUGAGAUAUAUACUACUACGAAAGUAUAUCCUGGCAAGUGUCAAUCGCGGACAAGGCGGGAGGGCGGAGGGCGGAAGGCAGAGCGGAGAGCCGAGCCGAGCCGAGACGAGCCGAGCCGAGCCGAGCCGAGCCGAGCCCAGCCCAGUCCAGCCCAGCCCAGCCCAGCCGGGAGCGGGUACGGAUGUGGAUGUGGAUGCGGAUAGAUACCGGUCCUGCUACUGUACAGUACCGUGGAUGAUAAAAAGAGUUUCUGGGGGUACAGUACGGUACGGUACUACUGUAGAAGAAAUGGUAUCAGUAGCUUUGGAAAACGAAACUUGGGCAGUCCUGUACGCAUGCACUGACUACAACUGCACGGCACUGUAUCCAAAACUUCCCCUGCUCGGCAUCCCCGUUCCCCGUCCCAACCAGGGUCCGAACGGCACUGACUCGCUUGUCUCCAUUCGGGAUGACAGCCGCCUUUUAGCCUAUCCAGCUCGCUUGCUUGUCAUGCAGCGCGUAGAGUCUAAAUCCAUCAUCCAUCCAUUCAUCCCUGCCAGCCUUUUCCACGACGUGCAUCAUAUUCGUGGUCCCUGGUCCAAGCGCAGAGCGCAGAGCUCAGAGCCCAGCCUCAGCAAAGCAGCAGCAGCAGCAGCACCAUUCAUUGGCUUUUGGGGCAAGACAAAUAGACGAACAGACGAACAGACGCAAGCAAAGUCGAGUCGAGCAAAUUCCAGUCAAGUCCAGUCAAAUCAAGCCAACAAUCCCGACCCGUCUAUCUGCGUGCCCUGCGCCGAGAAAGAAAAGAAAGUCGCAACCGCAAUUGUAAGCGCGACGGCGACCGCGACCGCGAUCGCAUCACCGAUCAUCAUCGAUCAUCGCCUUCUCGACCUCGAGAUUGCAAUACAAAGUCGAGUUGUUGUCCUUGGCUCCAAGGGUGAAUCAAGUCGGGUCGAGAUGUCGGGUUACCAGAACAAUGCAGGUAGUUCGUAUGCUCACCACCCACACCCACACCCACAUCAACAUCAUCAUGCGCAAUCGCAUCCUCAAUCGCAUCCCCAAUCUCACCCUCAGUCUCUCUCCCAUCCUCAUCCUCAUCACCCGCAACAACUGCAGGCUCACCAUGCACCAUCCCCCGGCAGUAUCGACAGCAGUCACAAUGGCAGCGAUCAGGGUCUGUCGCACGGUCUGUCGCACGGUCACCAUGGCCUCCCCCCUCAGCAGCAGCAGCAACAAUAUCAACAACAGCAGCUACCGUACCAAUACGACUCUCCUAUCGCCGCCCAGAUGAAUAACCCCUAUGGCAACGGCAGCGGCAGCAACCACAACCAUAACCACCCGGGACACAAUGGCCAUGGCGGUGAUAUGCAGCAACAAUCCCAAUCCCCCGUCCCUAUGUCCGGCCAGAUGAUGCCCAUGCAAAAUACUCCGACCUCCAACGGCAACGCCAACGCCAACGGCAACAUCAGUGAUGGGGGUGGAGUCAAGGGCAAUCGCUUACGGAAGGCUUGCGAUUCCUGCAGCAUCCGUAAGGUGAAGUGCGAUGAGUCCGGUAUCCCGUGCCGAGCCUGUGCUGCACUGGACAUUCCCUGUACCUUCAAGCGCCCAAGUCGACGCAGAGGUCCCCCUAACCGCCAUGCCGAAGCCAUCAAGAAGAAGGUCAGACUCGAGUCGCCUUCGGGCAGCUUCUCGUCUCCUAGCUCACCCAGCAAUGUGGCUGCGACCCUCGCUCACUUUGCCUCAAGCCCUACGCUCAGUGCGCAGGCCAUCUGUCCCAUCUCAACCUUGCAGUUGCUGGUCGACGACUUCUUUACAUACAUCCACCCACUCUGCCCCUUCCCCCACGAGCCUUCAUUCAGAAAUGCCUUUAAGGAUCGAGAGGACGUCCGUAAUCCCAAAUUCCUUGCUUUACUGGCUUCCAUGGUCGGUGUUCUUGUUGCGUCAUUCCCGCGCAAGCCCCGACUGCACCUGAAGGCCGAGGGCCGAGAGCACCUAUUUCCCAGCUCGGUGGACUUGGUGGAGCGUUGCCACAAGGUCGCUGUCUCUGCGCGUGGACCGGGCUACUUGGACAACGACUUGUCGGUUCACGAUGCUGCUACCAGCUAUUUUCUCGGCUUGGCUGCUGCAUACACCUUUAAGUGGAAGCUCUCCCGUCUUUACUUUGGUGAGACCUUGACCAUUAUUCGAGUCUUGGGUGCCCACAAGGUGAACGACAACAAGGUGAACGAUAACGGUCUCCGAAGUGGUGUUGGAGGUAUGCCGCUUAAUUUCGCUACUAAUGAUCAACCUUUUAUUGAGCCAUCUGCUCCCGUUGAUUACAUUAGACAAGAGAUUGGCCGCAGAGUCUUUUGGGUGAUGUUCGUCGGGGUGGUUUCUAUUCGACAACUUGGUGCCCAGUACGCCGAGCUAUCAAUUCCACCACCAACGUCAAACUGCCCAUACCCUCCAUUCCCAUUGGAGGUAGAUGAUGAAUACAUCCAUGCCAGCCACAUAGAGCCUCAACCAGCAGGAAAGCUUUCGAAGCUAGUUGGCUUCAAUAUCAAUGUCCGGAUCUACCAAACCGUGACCCCGCUCUCCACUAUGGAGUUAGCCUAUGGCAUUGAUGAAGUAUUUGACUGGACUCGCCAGAAGAGCCUGCUGGACAACUGCCUCCGUAAUGUGAAGCAGGUGAUGAAUGAGAUCCCUCCUGACCUCCAACUACAACCAGGUUCUCAACCAGGCGAGUUCGGAGAUCCUAGUCUCUACGCCCCUUCCAACUUCAACAUGUCUGAUCUGUCGUCUAAUGGAAUAGACACAUCUGGGCUACCCCAAGUCUUCGAGGAGCGCCGCCGUAUCCAGUUCGAGAUCCAAAAGGCCAACAUCUACCUCAGUCAACUCGGCACUCGUUCGUGGUUUGUCGACAAGUACUGCAAUCUUCAAGAAGCUUACAACAUGAAGGUCAAUUCUGAGAUAGGCUCUCCUGCUCUUGGUUCAAUUGGUCUGGAUAGUCUUGUUAUGAAGGCGGCUUCUAGUAACCCUGAGAUUGAGACGAACGUGACUGCGGAGAGAGAGAGCAUUGUUGUGGAUCUCUUUAUGGUGCUGGGUAGCAUUAGCCAGGUCAACAUGGAGCCCAACGGGGGCAGCUUUAUCAACAAAAUUCGACAAAUUGCAUCCACCCUCAUCGAAUCGCCAGACAAGCACAAAGGCCCUCUUGCCCUCAAGUCUGAAGAGUACCUGUCCCGCUUUGUUGCCGUUCUCGUGAGGCUUGAGGGUGUCAGCCCCGGAAAGUCAUCGAGUGGUACGAACGAGGAGGAGCAGGAGCUCCGUAACGAGGAGGAGCGGGAGCUUCGUAAAGAGGAGGAGGAGCUCCGUAUCUGGGCUGAUCUCCGCCAGUACCAAAUGGCCUUUGCUCAGUCAGGGGGUUUCAUGAGUGAGGGUUAA